AGUGAGCGAGUGAGUGAGUGUGGUGAUUUUUUUUUUUUUUUUAAAGGAGAGAAGACAGUGAUGGAAGAGCUCACCGCUUUCGUGUCUAAGUCUUUCGAUCAGAAAGUGAAGGAGAAGAAGGAAGUGAUAACCUACAGGGAGGUGUUGGAGACCGGGUCGACGCGAGCAGGGAGCAGGGAGUCUUUAACCGCGGAGCCGGGGAGCCGAGAGGAGGCUGCAGCCAUCACCCGGAACGGUGCGCUCUCGCCGGGCAGGGAAACGGACAUGCUCGGCCCGGAUAGAAUCAGGGACGCCGGGAGCCCCAAACUCAUAGACGGCAACACAGAUGUGAAAGAAAGGAAAGAAGAUUCGAAGCCUUUAGAGGACGAGGCACAGACUAAAAUCAAACAGAGGAGAAGUCGGACUAACUUCACAUUAGAGCAGCUCAACGAGCUGGAGCGGCUCUUUGACGAGACCCACUACCCGGACGCCUUCAUGCGGGAGGAGCUCAGCCAGCGGCUGGGCCUGUCAGAGGCCCGAGUACAGGUUUGGUUCCAGAAUAGAAGAGCCAAAUGCAGAAAGCAGGAGAACCAGUUACAUAAAGGAGUCCUGAUUGGAGCAGCGAAUCAGUUUGAAGCUUGUCGUGUAGCGCCAUAUGUCAACGUGGGGGCUUUACGGAUGCCAUUCCAACAGGAUAGUCAUUGCAACGUGCCGCCCUUCUCCUUUCAGGUGCAGGCGCAACUGCAGCUGGACAGCGCCGUGGCCCACGCGCAGCACCACCUGCACUCUCACCUGGCGGCGCACGCGCCAUACAUGAUGUUCCCCGCGCCGCCGUUCGGGCUGCCCCUGGCGACGCUCGCGGCCGAGUCUGCCUCCGCCGCGUCCGUCGUGGCCGCCGCCGCGGCCGCCAAGAACACCAGCAAGAACUCGAGCAUCGCCGACCUGAGACUGAAGGCCAAAAAGCACACGGCAGCGCUGGGACUGUGA